CCAAUCGAAUUGAUGUCAUUUUGUGAGCUUCCGCAUUUGAGGCGAAAAUGUCCUCUAAAUGAGCAAAAAUGAGUGAGUCAAGGUGAAUAAACACUGCCUUUCGAAUUGUGAGGUUAUGCUAGUGCCUGGAGAUAUGCUUGAAUUAUCCGAUAACUACGAACAUGCUGACCAGAAAAUUGAAUAUCUGGUAGAGAAUGAAAUCUUCUAUCCAUCUCAUAUUACAAAAUCCUUCGAGGACCUUAGAGAAGCAUUUAAUAGUCACCUUUCCUCGAGCUGCAAUUGCUCAGAAGAAUGCUCAACAGAAUUUUGCUCUCACGGCGGAUGUUAUAAAGAAUUCUCGUAUCCAGAGAGCUCCAAGGCUGAAUUAAUCCUGAAUGAAUUUAGGAAGAACAGGGAAUUCAUCUAUGAAUGUUCACAGUUUUGUAAAUGCCCUGAAACAUGCAGAAAUCGGCUAGUUCAAUUCGGUCCGCGGCUUGAUCUGGAAGUAAGAGAUUGCGGGACAGAAAAAAGGCAAGGAUUAUUCACAAAAGCUGUAAUUCCUGUUGGAGGAUUUAUCUGCGAAUAUGCUGGAGAACUUCUGACGAAGAGUGAGGCAGUCAGGAGAGAUGCUAUGAAGGAUCCCAUGAAAUACCUGCUGUGUCUCAAUGAAAUCUCAUCGGAUGGUGUGAAAUCUCAAACGUUCGUUGAUCCUAUCCGGAAAGGAAACAUCGGAAGGUAUCUAAAUCAUAGCUGUGACCCUAAUUGUGAGAUUAUCUGUGUCAGGAUUGACAAUAUCCUUCCAAAACUUGGAAUUUUUGCCACUCGGCAAAUUGCUCCAGAGGAAGAACUGACUUUUGACUAUGCUGAAGGAUGCAGUCAGGCUAGUACUGGAGAUAAAACCUGCCUUUGUAUGUCGGAAAAGUGUAGAAAAUUUCUUCCAAAUACAUGUUUCUAG